CAGGAAAGUUCAAGUCACGGGAGAAUUUGAACUGAUUUGUUUUAGGGAUGAAAAAGAGACGCUCCCAAACAUAAUUUAUUUAGUUUUAUGUUGUCAACUGUUGUGUACACACAAUAAUAACUUUGAGCCGAAUACUAAGGCUUUUUUGAGCUGAAAUUCAAGGAACUGAAAGAAACUGACAGCAUACACUGAGGGGAUCCACUUCACAAAAGCAGUUAGGAAAACAGAUCUUUCAAGUGAUAUGAGUGACAAUGAAACCCCUGGUGAUGACCCCACGCGGCGCCGUGGUGACCAUGAGGUGGUACCGGUCAGUCCUGAGGAGGUGCAGUUCCUGGAGGUACCCAACGGGAGCCACGGGGGAUCAGGUGUGUCAGGGAUCAACACCAGUCUCAUCAACAAGGAGGGACAACUGAAAAGUAUAUUAAAGAAUCGUUUAGAGACGGUUGAGCAUGUUGAUAAUUUGUCAGUCAAAGAGAGAAGGAGGAGACACUCUUCUGCAGAUGAAGAUGAUUUUGCAUUACUUCACGGCAGAUUUGAGAAGAUCCCUCUCAAGGACUUCCAUGCUGAGAUCCGAGCCUUUAAGGACGUAGAGGACUUUCUGAGUGGGACUCAGCUGAUGCUGGACCUUCAGAAGACGGGGCUGCCCCAGAUUAUAGACGCCAUGGCGACACGGCUCCUGGAGAAAAAGGAGGUGUCCUCCCAGACCUCACUAGAGGAGGCCAGACACGCUAUCUUCACCCAGGACUCAGUACACACACUCAGCAAGACCAUCCAGGGUACAAUGACGAGUGAUGAGAGCGGCUUUGAUUUUGAUCAGAACUGGAUCUGUGUCAUGUGUGAUAUUCCUACCUUGACGAAGCGCCACGUGGUGAUCUCGCGGUUAAACAGUCCAGCUAAUUUAGGCAGCACCAGUCAGGAGGUUCAGUUUGUGAUCCUUGUCAUGGCUCCCGUCAGAGAGAAAAGUACUAAGUCGUCGUUGGAGACAGCCCGAACCUUUGCAACCCUCUUUCUGGACAUGGACUUCCGACAUCAGCUCCUGCUAGCCGAGUCUGAGUUUGAGUUUAAACAGCUUCUUCACUCGAGGACCAAACUUCUGAUCGAGGAGCAGGGCCUCCCCGAGAAUCGCAAAUCUCAUCUCCUGCUGUCGGCCUUCGAACAGGAGGAGCAGGAGGGCGAGGCUGCUCGAUAUCCAAUAGGUCAGGGUCUGAUUCGUGACUUUAAACGACGACUCCCUCAUUAUCUCUCAGAUUAUAAAGAUGGCAUCAUAGGGAACAAAACGAUUCACAAAGUGACGUCCACCACAUUUUUCUUGUACUUUGCCUGUGUGCUACCCAACAUCGCCUUUGGAAUGUUGAAUGAUAACAACACAGAGGGAAUUAUAGAUGUCCAGAAGGUGUUGUUCUCUCAGUGUGUAGGUGGACUUCUGUUUGCCAUCUUUGGGGGUCAGCCUCUGAUCGUCCUACUGACCACAGCACCGCUGGCCCUAUACACCAAAAUUAUUUUCAGCAUUUGUGAGGAUUUUGACCUGAACUUUCCUGCCAUGUUUGCCUGUACUGGGUUGUGGAAUGCUUUUUUCCUGUUUAUUUAUGUUUUCUUCAAUACAAGCAAGCUUAUGAAAUAUUCCUCAAGGUCCACGGAGGAGGUGUUUUCACUGUUCAUCACAUUUGCUUUUUCUGCUGAUGCCAUCAAAGACACAAUCAAAGAUUUUAACAAGAAUUACCACACUGAUGCCUGUCAUCAUGUCAAUCACAGUAAUCCAGCCAAUCAGAGUGCUUCCCUCCUUAACAACAUCCUAACGACGACCGUCAGUACCAUGACAACAGGGAACUCCUCCUCUAACAGCAGUGUGGCACCCCCUGGUGGGGGGAUUAUAGAAGAAUGCCUGAGGGAGAACAGUAUUCUAUUUUUACUGCUGAUGCUGGGUACUGUGUGGCUAGGAAUCACGCUAUUUAACUUUACUAAAACACCAUUUCUGAAUGCCGGUAAGCGUGAGAUGCUGGCAGACUAUGCCUUGCCUGUUGCUGUUCUUGUCAUGUCCUUCUUUGGAUCCUACAUCUUCAGGGAGGUCAAAAUGAAGCCGUUUAAGUACAAGGAGCGGGACCAGAUGUUUGAGCUGGCCCCCCUUCACCUGCUGCCCGUGGGGGCUGUGUUUGCGGCCGCUGGUCUGGGCUUCAGUUUGUCCCUCCUCUUCUUCAUGGAUCAAAACAUUUCCAGUGCUCUGGUCAAUGCCCCCUCAAACAAACUUAAGAAGGGAGCGGCGUACCACUGGGAUCUGUUUGUGGUGGCAGUCAUCAACGCCUUCCUCUCCAUCUUCACCAUGCCGUGGGUCCACGCCGCCCUACCUCACUCACCGCUCCACGUCCGAGCGCUGGCUGACCUUGAGGACAGGGUCGAUCAAGGUCACGUACACCAGAUAGUGGUCCACGUUCGCGAGACUCGUCUGACUGGGAUUAUUUCCCAUGUGAUGAUUGGUCUAUCUAUGCUGAUGCUGCCUUACCCCCUGGCUUACAUUCCUCGCCCCGUCCUGGACGGACUGUUUAUUUACGUAGCCAUAACAGCUCUCUAUGGCAACCAGUUGUUUGACCGCAUACUUCUUUUCUUCACAGAACAGUCAGCUUACCCUCCCAACCAUUACAUCCGCCGAGUUCCCCAGAGGAAGGUCCACCUGUUUACGGUGCUACAGCUGAUACAACUCUUGGUCCUCUGUGUGUUUGGAUUCUCCCCCAUACCUUACAUGAAAAUGGUCUUCCCUGUCCUCAUCAUGCUCCUCAUGCCAAUCAGGCACAAAAUCACUCCAAAGUUUUUUGAGCCAAAAUUUUUGAAAGCUUUGGAUGGACACACCCACUAGACAUCAAUUGGAGGCGAGGUCAAAGUUUAACAAGGCAGCAGAUUUAUGUCUUCAUAGUACAGAUGUACCAAUUCUUGAUUGUGGUCAUUUACGUGAGUGACUGUCAGUGCAGUUAAUAUUGAUUUUUUUUUAAAUUGUGUGCUGGAGACCUGAUUUAAAACUUGUUUUGUGGGAAACAGAAAAUGUUUGGGUUUUUUUCACAUUAUUGUAUAAAAUAUAUACAUAUUAUAUUUAUUUAUGAAACUCAGAACGAUGAAGUUCUUAUGAGGGCUUGUUUACUUUUAACAAUUGUUACCAAAGUUGUUUCAAGUAAAUCUAAGGAUAUUGUAUUUUUUUCACAUGUUGUGAAUAAAUUUAGUAAGUCAUAUCACAAGCUUUUCAUACCCAUUGUAUCUAAUUUAGUGUGAUAUUAGGGCAUUGAUUUUUACACAGUUCUUUAUUUUACACUUAAUUACUUUUAUCUGGAUGAUGAUUAUGUAGAAACAUCAUUAAUUUGCUUUAAUUUUUGUGGAUCAAUCAUCUGUUUGUUAAAUGUGUGCAUGAGUCAUACUGUAAUGUUACACAUUGAUUAUUUUACCUCAGAUUGGAUUUAAUCUGGGGUUUUUUUGUUGUUGUAUAUACAUUGGCCAGAGCUGUGUUCUCUGAGAAAUGUUUUAUUUUUCUAGGUCCGUUAAGAAAGGUUGACUGUUGUUCUGUUAAAUUAAAAUGUUAAUUGUUGAAUUUUACAAAUUUUACAAAGAAUCUGUGAUUUUAUUGUUAUCAAAAUAUGAAUCAUUUCUAAUAAAGUGUAGAUAUUAUGA